AUGGCUAUCCAAGUAGUCUCCAUUGUUUCUCUUGUUUUCUUCUUAUGCAUCCAUGGAAUCUAUGGCGAUUAUGGAGGAUGGCAAAGUGGUCAUGCUACUUUCUAUGGCGGAGGCGACGCAUCAGGCACGAUGGGAGGAGCUUGUGGCUAUGGCAACUUGUACAGUCAAGGGUAUGGAACUAACACUGCAGCACUAAGCACUGCUCUGUUCAACAAUGGCUUGAGCUGUGGCUCGUGCUAUGAGAUGACGUGCACCAAUGACGCCCAAUGGUGCCUCCCGGGGUCCAUAACCGUCACGGCUACAAACUUCUGCCCUCCUAACCCUGGCCUGUCUAAUGACAAUGGUGGAUGGUGCAAUCCUCCCCUCCAGCACUUUGAUUUGGCUGAGCCUGCUUUCUUGCAGAUUGCCCAAUAUCGAGCUGGAAUUGUCCCCGUUUCUUUUCGAAGGGUACCCUGCACAAAAAAGGGAGGAAUAAGGUUUACAAUAAAUGGGCAUUCCUAUUUUAACCUUUUAUUGGUCACAAAUGUUGGUGGUGCUGGGGAUGUCCAUUCUGUAUCAAUCAAGGGUUCUAACACAGGAUGGCAACAAAUGUCCAGAAACUGGGGGCAAAACUGGCAAAGCAACUCAUACCUCAAUGGCCAAAGCCUCUCGUUUCAAGUCACGACAAGUGAUGGAAGAACUAUCACGAGCUACAACGUCGCCCCCGGGAAUUGGCAAUUUGGGCAAACAUUUGAAGGAGGUCAAUUUUAG